AUGUACGAAGGGAUUGACAACCUGAAAUCUCUUUACGACCGUGCCGGGAAGACUUUCUCCGGCGGUCCUUCUGCGGCACAGGAUGUGCCGCGUCGUACUGCUCAACCAGACCCAGUACGUCGAUCAUCAGUUGGGAGCGGGGCUCCCAAGAAUCCCAGGACGGGGGAUAGCCGCGCCACCGGACGAGAUAACUCGUCCGACGUCCGUUCACGUCGCGGUGGUUCAACAGCUGCUCAACUAGAUAGCGCUGGCCACCGCGAGAGUCCUCUAAUGGAGGUGGAGGAGGAGGAAAGACGCUCUCCACACGAUCAUGUGGAUCGGUGUGUUCCCGAGAGCUUCUUUGAUCGCGUAACGCAAGGGUUACGCGACGAUCUCGAACAUGAGCGGAAUAGGCGUCUCCAGAUGGUGGACACUGCCUCGAAGCAUCGAGCUGAGUUUGCCUUUGCUCAGCUUGAGAACGAGAGAUCUCUGACAUCUCUUCGUGACGAGCUAAGGGUAGCUCGUGGGAUUGCUGAUCGGUCUCGGGAUGAGAUAGCUGCUCUUCAGACCCUUGUUGAUGCCCACCAUCGGGAGCACAAGGCUCUCUGCGAGAUGCUUGAGCGCAAGGGCGUUCUUCAUCGGAAGAAGCAGCGUACUGAUGGUACGGCUUAA